AACCAGCUGACAUCCGGCGUCUUUCCGUCCUUUAGCUACUGAUACCACAGUCAACGAUAUCCUCAACCCGAAGAAGAAGAAGAAGAAAAAUAAGGCAACGAGAUACAUCUCCACUCGAUAUUCUUCUCGUAAAAAACGCUCUACGCUGAUUCGUCAACUCAACUGAAUGCAACAUUUCAUCAGAGUCGUCAGAUGCAGUUGUGGUGCCAGGCGGUGGGAAGCGGCUUCACAGUGUUGUGUCGUUUGUGUCAGGGCUCGGACCCCGUCUCCAGCAGCUGAAGCACACCGGCUCUGUCCUCUCUGAUCCACGUCCACGGCCUUCCUCCUCGCUGAGCCAUGACCACUCCGAGGGACCUAGAUAUGGUGCACCUCCGCCUUAUCCUGGUCAGUGGGAAAACGCAGGACUUCACUUUCUCCCCAAAUGACUCAGCCACAGACAUCGCCAAACAUGUGUUUGAGAACUGGCCUGCAGGAUGGGAGGAGGAGAGGGUGAGCAGUCCCAGUAUACUGCGCCUCAUCUUCCAGGGACGCUUCCUUCAUGGCAACGUUACCCUGGGAGCUCUGAAGCUGCCACCAGGCCGAACAACCGUCAUGCACUUGGUUGCCAGAGAGACUCUUCCAGAGCCCAACUCUCAUGGUCAAAGGAACCGAGAAAAAACCACAGAAAGCAACUGCUGUCUCCUCUUGUAAAGCAACAGAAACGACCCCCUGCCCCAACCUCACACAGACGCAUAACACAAACAUAUAUAUAUAUAUACAUACAUGAAUACCCCGUGUUCUCUUCUGCCUGUCAUCCUGUCAGCUGUGGAUUUAGAAAAAAUCACAGGAAGUCUGGUUGGACCGUCACCAGCUUUGGUUGAACGCUUGUCCAAUCUGAGGCUUUUUUUUGUGCCAAUAUAUUCGCCCCAAAACAUUUACGGUCGGCAGAAUUUGCCAUUUGUAGUUCCUUUUUAUUGAAAGAUUAUGACAUUAAACUUACCUUACGCCCCCUCGCGGACCUGUUUGCUGCUGGACACGUUUUAAAGAGUUGUCGUACGUAGUGGAAAAAAACAGGGAAGUCGUUUCUCUUCAUGGACACAGUUGCUAUAAAGGAUGUGUUGGCUAUUACCUUUCCCUACUUGUCACAUGGAUGUUUCCCCAGGUCUUACUGAAUGGUGAUAACCCUCUCAUUGCACUUAACCAGUUUGUUAAUUCAGAAAUGUUUAUUGUGUUUCAUUGUCCAUCUUUUCCCCAAUGGCUUUUUUAAAUGUAUUUGGUCAGAGGAACAGACCUGAAUGCCCCACGUGGUAGAAAUGUGCCAUCCUCCUCAUGAGACUGUUUCUCACUAACCGAACCGGUCGGUCUGUAUCAGCACCAGUGGCGUUUCUUUUAUUAGAGUACACCUGUUUGUUCCUGGAAAUGGACCCAUGGUGAAAAGACUUUUAUUUAGAGUAAACACUUGAGGGGAUGUUCAGGUCCAUGAGAAACGGGAACAGAUUCUCGGCUUGUAAAAGAUGGAGUCGGAGGAUUCGGUGGGUCAUCGGGUGUCGUUUUCGCACCUCUGGCUUUGACUUUAUUGACUAGGCUGUCGGUGUUCCCUUGUCACCGGAGCCAACAUGGUGGGCCAGUUAAACGCAGACAAAAGAAGCGGUUGAAGAUGGAAGGGAGGAGUGUCGUCAGUGUACCCCACCCCACCCUACUGGACACCAGGCGGGGAGAGUUUCUGCCACUUGGAUGAAGAGUCAUAAGGAAAUUAUUUUGGUGGUAUUCCACCUCCUUUUCUUUUGGAUGCCGUCUGUACUUCAUGUUUGCCUUUUAUUGUGGAAUUUAGUAAUAUCAUUAAUAUUGAAAUUUAAAUAUAUCAAUUUUUAUCUUGUGUAUAGGUAUUUGUUAAAUUUGAGUGUGGGUGAGUCUGUGUAUGAGUGUGUCUGAGGGUGUGUGAUGCACGUGGCAUACUGUAUGAGGACUGGUGAGGGCAUGUGGUCUUUAAACAAAAGAAAAGUGAUGCGCUGGGAGUGUUGAUGGGCUGCGGUUUCUUCAGAAACAGUCGGAAACCUUUUGAUUCCUUCCAUUGAGUGUUCUUUGGUUUGUGUUUUUGUCAAUCAAUGUCACUGCUAUAAAGUUAUGCCCAGUAUGAUUAAAUGUAAAAACUAAAAUGCAAUGUGGUCUACAUAAAAGCUUGUAUUAUAAAUUAAAAAAUCUUUAAAUAAUG